UCCGUCAAGCCCAAAUUUUUGCGGGUGUUUUCGAUCAUAAGAAUAUUAUUUAUCACUUUGUGUGUAGUAUCCGUAUCUGUGUUUACGUUUCUCAGUUGUUUGAAAAUGAUGAAGCUUGUUACAUUUAUGUUAAUGUUGAUUGUACCCUGCUCGGUAUAGUUGUUAUUUAGUAGACCAAGGCAAAAAUAAUUAUGCCAACACGUCAUACAAAUCAAGCCCACUUGUGCCUGAUGCUCGAGGAUAUUAUGUUGCUCUAUCGAGUUGAGACGACGGCUCUUAUUCAUCGAUAUCUGCGCACACGUUCUACACGGAAAAAACGCAGGAUUGUUGAGCAUGUUCGCCGGUUCAGCUGAGCAAGAUCCCUGUACAGUUGCAGCGAUUGAAUCGCCUACUGCAUGUGUCAAAUGCAGAUUGUGUCUCCAACCUGCGUAUGGAUCGUAACACGUUUGGUCGACUAUGUCAUAUACUCUGUGAGCGUGGGGGUCUGAAGAUGGGAAAAUGCGUUGGGGUUGAAGAACAAGUAGCUAUAUUUGUGUCAGUCUUAGCGCACCAUAGGAAAAAUCGUAGUUUGGGGUUUAGUUUCUGGCGUUCGGGUGGCACUAUUUCUUAUUAUGUACAUAAAGUUUUAUGUGUUGUACUCAAUUUACACUCUGUCCUCCUAGCGAAGCCCAUACCUGUCCCCGAUGAUUGCACGGACCACCGUGGAAAUGGUUUAAGGGAUGUCUAGGUGCCCUUGAUGGUACCCACGUCAAUGUGUUAGUGAGUAACGAAGACAAACCAAGGUAUAGAACCCGGAAAGGGCAGAUAGCAACCAAUACACUCGCUACCUGCGACCGUAACAUGCAGUUCGUUUACUUACUCCCUGGCUGGGAAGGGUCUGCCGGUGACUCCCGUGUUCUUAGAGAUGCGGUAGUACGACCCAAUGGGUUGAAAGUACCACAGGGGUGUUAUUAUCUUUGCGAUAAUGCAUAUGCUAACAGCAACGAGUUUCUAGUACCCUACAAGGGAGUUCGAUAUCAUCUGAAAGAGUUCGGUCCAGGUACAGAGACACCACAAAAUGCCGAGGAAUUAUUCAACAUGCGACACACAAAGGCAAGAAAUAUCAUAGAACGAGCUUUUGCAGUCCUCAAAAUGAGGUGGGGAAUCCUCCGGAGUGCUUCGUUUUAUCCAAUUAAGAUACAAAUCCGGAUGAUCAUGGCAUGCUUCCUACUCCACAAUUUCAUUCGCCGUGAGAUGGAGAUUGAUCCAGUAGAACUUGCACUAGACAGCACGGCAUCAAACACAAUCCAAGAAGAGGAGAACAUUGGGCUUGAUUAUGUUGACUGUGUUGAGCCAACUGCAGCGUGGACGCAGUUUCGUGAUAGCAUUGCAAUGAGCAUGUGAAAUAACUAUUAGCUUAAACCCAUUUUGUAUUUCCAUGCUUCUGUGUUGUUAAACAAAAGUGUGAACUAUUUCAAAACAUUUGGCAGACAGUGAUGUAAUGAAUGAUUUAUGGUAUAAUUUGUAAAUUGUGCUUGUUUUUGUGUCUU